AGCAGCCACAAACAGGAAGAAAACAUCCAGCUGUUAUCAAAGCACGGAGAGCUCUGGUUAGCGUAGCAACCCUUGUAGCAGUGGCUCCGUAAUGAAACGGCUUUGAGAGUCGGGAAUAAACCAGUGCUUUAUCAUGCUGUGUCCGCAGUGGUGACUGUAUCGAGUGACACCCAAGGAAUUUAAUUCUGUUCGGCUUUCCUCCGGUCCGAGUGUAGAAACAAGGUGUGAAUGAGUGACGUGGUGCCUCCCACAGCCCUCAGUGAAGUCCAGCUCCGCUUCCUUUGCCACGAUGACAUAGAGAACGUUAAGCUGCUCUGUGGUGAUUGGUUCCCAAUCGAGUACCCAGACUCAUGGUAUCAGGACAUCACCUCCAACAAGAAGUUCUUCUCCCUCGCUGCCACCUACAGAGGAGGCAUCGUGGGAAUGAUUGUGGCCGAGAUCAAAGGUCGGACCAAAGUACACAAAGAGGAUGGAGACAUCCUGGCCUCCAGUUUCCCUGUGGACACACAGGUAGCCUACAUCCUCAGCCUGGGAGUGGUCAAAGAGUUCAGGAAACAUGGCAUAGGCUCCCUGCUGCUGGACAGUUUGAAGGAGCACAUAUCAACGACAGCCCAGGACCACUGUAAGGCAAUCUACCUACACGUUCUCACCACUAACAACACUGCCAUCAACUUCUACGAGAACAGGGACUUCAGGCAGCACCACUACCUACCCUACUACUACUCCAUACGGGGCGUCCUCAAAGACGGAUUCACAUAUGUGCUCUACAUCAACGGGGGUCAUCCACCCUGGACAAUAUUUGAUUAUAUCCAGCACAUUGGUUCAACCCUGGCCAGCCUGAGCCCCUGCUCCAUCCCUCAGAGGCUGUACCGACAGGCCCAGUCCCUGCUGCGGUCGCUGCUCCCCUGGUCCAACAUUGCCUCCAAGACCGGCAUCCAGUACAGCAGAACAAUGUGACACAGCAUGGAGCACAGAUGUUCCCGUCAGUCUUCCCCUGUACACGCCGAGAUGUACACGCACACUCA